UUCAUCCACUUGUCUCUAUACCUCGAUAACCCUAAUUAAAAAAAUGGCAGAAAGAGGCGGAAGUGAACGCGGCGCUUUCAGGCGUGGAUUUGGUGGUGGCAGAGGCGACCGUGGUCCAAGAGGCAGGCGUCGGGGCCGCAAGGACGAAGAGGAAAAAUGGGUGCCGGUGACGAAACUCGGCCGCUUGGUCAAAGCCUGCAAAAUCACAUCCCUGGAACAAAUCUACCUCCAUUCUCUCCCCAUCAAAGAAUAUCAAAUCAUCGAUCAACUCGUCGGCCCUUCGCUCAAAGACGAGGUCAUGAAGAUCACUCCAGUCCAGAAACAAACUCGCGCCGGUCAGCGCACGCGCUUCAAGGCCUUCGUUGUUGUCGGCGACGGUAAUGGACACGUUGGACUCGGCGUCAAGUGCAGCAAAGAAGUUGCGACGGCUAUAAGAGGGGCAAUAAUAUUGGCUAAGUUGUCGGUGAUACCAGUAAGAAGAGGUUACUGGGGAAAUAAGAUCGGGAAACCCCAUACAGUGCCGUGCAAGGUCACUGGGAAAUGUGGAUCCGUCACCGUGAGGAUGGUACCGGCUCCCAGAGGUGCUGGAAUUGUGGCGGCUAGGGUUCCCAAAAAGGUGCUUCAGUUUGCUGGUAUUGAAGAUGUCUUCACUUCUUCAAGGGGUUCAACCAAAACUCUUGGAAACUUUGUUAAGGCCACCUUUGAGUGUCUUCUGAAAACAUACGGUUUCUUGACUCCGGAUUUCUGGAAAGAGACUCGCUUCACGAGGUCUCCGUUCCAGGAGUAUACCGAUCUGCUGGGAAAGCCGUCAAAGACUCUUGUACUUGAAGAUGUUGAGAGGGUCGAUAUCUAAUAGAGAUAUCGACAAUGUUGUUGAAGUUCCUUUUUAGGUUGCUACCUUCACUUGUGUUUUUGGUAUUGUAUUAAAUAAUGGUUCAGUUUUGUUGUUUUUGUGUCUGGAUUCUUUAUAAGAUUUGUAGUUUAUAUAACGAGUUGAAGACUUUAUUUAUUUGCUGCUU